AGUUUUCCUCGCGUUUACCAACCAACUUUCUCAUUAUAACUUAAAAACCACCGAACUCCGCCACCAAACACUGCAAUAAACCAGAAAGGCCUCCGGCAGCAGCUCCAAAUCGUCGUCGGAGAAGAUUUUGUGUCCUCAGUUUUAUCGCUGUUUUCCUUUUCGAAUCUGUAAAAGCUGCAUUUUCUCUCACUGAUUCUUGAAAAUGGAGGCUAAAAACUUUCCACAAGAGAAUCAGGAAGCUCAAGCGGCGGAAGAGCAAACCGCCGUCUCUACGCUUCGCCUACCCAUGGCUUCAAUCUCCCUCUCCUUGUCCACAAUUCUCCCCGCCCACAAAAUCUCCACCCUCUUUGGUUCUCACCCAAGCAGGGUCAAGAUCCCCGCGCAGAUCUCUUCUCUCUCUCACCUCUCCCUCUCCGCCUCCCUCACUCCUCCCAAAUCAUUGCUCAAGUCCACGGUUUCCGCGAACCCGCUUCAGAGCCCCGUCCCCUUGAACCCUCUCCGCCCUUCUGACCCCUCCAAUGCCGCCGCCCUCCGCCGCGCUUCCAUUGUUUGGUUCCGGAACGAUCUCCGCGUCCACGACAACGAGUGCCUCAACGCAGCCAAUAACGAGUCCAUUUCCGUUUUGCCCGUUUACUGUUUCGACCCGAGCGACUACGGGAAGUCCUACAACGGCUUUGACAAGACCGGCCCGUACCGGGCAACAUUCUUGAUCGAGUCCGUUUCUGACCUCAAGAAGAACCUGCAGGCCAGAGGCUCUGAUCUCGUGGUCCGAAUGGGGAAGCCCGAGACGGUGCUGGUGGAGCUGGCUAAGCAGAUUGGAGCGGAAGCGGUUUACUGCCAUCGCGAUAUCUCGCACGAUGAACUCAAGGCGGAAGAUAAGCUCGAGAAGGCGAUGAAGGACGAGGGCAUUGAGAUGAAGUUUUUCUGGGGAAGCACGUUGUACCAUAUUGAUGAUUUGCCUUUUAAAUUGGAAGACAUGCCUACGAAUUAUAGUACUUUUAAGGAAAAAGUUCAUGGCUUGAAGAUCAGAAACACCAUUGAAGCACUGAAUCAGCUCAGAGGAUUGCCUGCUAGAGGAAAUGUGGAGCCUGGGGAGACUCCCUCUCUAGCUGAUUUGGGUCUCAAUCCUAGUUCAACAGUGGGGCAGAGUGGAAAACCAUCUGUUAAUGCUUCCCUUGUGGGAGGAGAGGCUGAAGCAUUACAGAGAAUUAGAACAUUUGCAAGCGAAUGCCAAGUGCAACCCAACCGGGGAAACAAAGAUGGGAGUGAUAGCAUAUACGGUGCAAACUUUUCCUGCAAAAUCUCUCCCUGGCUUGGCAUGGGCUGCAUUUCCCCUCGCGCCAUGUUUGAGGAGCUCAAAAAAUCCGCGUCAAGCACAAUUUCUGCUUCCUCUAAAGACCCCAGUGGUGACACUGGGAUGAACUGGCUAAUGUAUGAGCUGUUGUGGAGGGAUUUCUUCAGAUUCAUUACCAAGAAAUACAGUGAUGUAAAACAGAACAACACUGCAGCCCCUGUGACUUCAUGCACAGUAGGAGUUGCUGUCUAAUAAUGAAGCAUUACAGGUGGCAAGAUAGAAGCACUAUAAAGGGAUGAUUUUCUUUUGCAGAGAUGAAUGUUAGAAUAGAGGCUGUGUAGAGUGUUUUCUACUAGUAUCCUGCUUGUACUGUUAUUAUAUAUAUUAUAUUAUAUGUGUGAAUCUACCAAUUUGAUA